CUUCUUCUUCUAAGUGGGUGAAUAUUAUUAAGUGGGGGAGUGUGCGUCAGCCGGCUGUGUUAAAACGAGUGCCAAGAUCACUACAUUGUGUGCGCUGUUUAGCCAUGAAAGCCGAAGACGAAAAGCUUUUGGGUGGCAAGCCUAGCAGCGCAGUGCUUGCAGACAUACAGGCUGUCAAUGCGUUAAGCGCCGAACAGUUCUCUCAACUUGUAGACACCGCCUGCCGCUCGUCCACGGCGUCAGCUUCUUCGUUGGGUGGCGACGGAAGCAGUAAGCCUGGCAGUGAGACACUGACCCUCCUGUUGUCCGAGGCAUCACGACGUGGCUUGGAUGCUCCGAAGCUACGCCAGAGCCUGGAGUCUCUCGGCUUGGACAGUGCACGUGCUGCAGCCCUGGCUGAUCGCUGGUUCGCAUCUUGUGCUGCUCGGCCGCAGCAGGUGCGGCCCUGGCAGCUACGGGAUGUGGAGUGGCGUUUCGGGGUCACUGUGGCCAGCUCAUCGCAGGAGCCGCGAGGCAGCUUUGUGCAGCUUCGUUUAGCACUGGCGAACGGACAGGACGUGCACGUCGAAAUGAACCUCGCUCAAUUCUACUCUCUGUGCCACGAGAUGGAGCAAGCCAAACUGACUUUGGAGGCCUUGCGCUGAACAUCAUUGUACCGAUGUGUACCUGCUGUAUUCCAAAGUGAUUCAAGUACAUAAAUAGUAAUCAUUCGUCCUGCUUAC